UCGCACUAGAGGGAGAAGCAUACUGUAUCAAGAUUUGCAUUUCCGCCUGAGUCCUGUGACUUAUCAGGUGGUUGUUGAGCGUCAGGAGGAGGAGGAGGGGGAGGAGGAGUAAAAAGGAGAAUUAGAAAGUUGGGGGGGAAACUCGAGUACUUUCUAUUGCAUCUGGUCUUCAACUGUAACACCGGCCUAGUCCUCCGUCGCUCCUCGCAGGACAUCUAUAUGAGCGAGAAAGCAGAGGUUGCCUGAGUUUGAGAACAGCUGUCAGUCUCAGCAUGGCCGGGGGCUCGGUGUCCGAGUGCAAGGAGUACUUGUUUAAAGUGCUGGUGAUCGGAGAACUAGGUGUGGGCAAGACCAGCAUCAUCAAACGCUACGUUCACCAACUUUUCUCGCAACACUACAGGGCGACGAUCGGGGUCGACUUUGCACUCAAAGUUAUCAACUGGGACAGCAAAACGCUGGUCAGGUUACAGCUGUGGGACAUCGCAGGUCAAGAGCGAUUUGGGAACAUGACGCGGGUGUACUACAAAGAAGCCGUGGGGGCAUUUGUGGUGUUCGAUGUAACAAGGGGCUCCACAUUUGACGCCGUGUCUAAGUGGAAGCAUGACCUAGACAGUAAGGUGAAGCUGGCUAACGGCAACCCCAUCCCCUCAGUGCUGCUCGCCAAUAAAUGUGACCAGAAGAAAGAGAACUCCAACAGCACAGCUCUAAUGGACAAUUUCUGCAAAGAAACUGGCUUUCUGGGCUGGUUUGAAACCUCGGCUAAGGACAACAUCAAUGUGGAUGAAGCUGCUCGAUUCCUGGUAGAGAACAUCUUGGCUAACGACAAAGGUUUGCCAUAUGAGGAGAGCAAUGGAGACAGGAUCAAACUGGACCAGGAGACUGUGGCUGCUGAGAGCAAGUCAGGCUGCUGCUAACACUCAAUCCAUUCACAUUAGCCUCCCUUUGGCACCCAUCCAGCCUGUGGCUUCUGCUCUCUAUUGCAGCCUUGGAGAGGAAUAUAUUUUUUGGGGUUGUUUUAUUUUUUUUGUGUCUUCAAAGCUCCAGGAACUUCUCUCUUCACUGAUGCCCAUUUGACCUCUGUAUCCGUAGUUUUUACACAGAUACAUUUUAUUUAGAUUUGCCUUAACCGUUCCCCUUCUUGUAUCUACACGACUCUUUCAGGAUCUUCGGUGCUGUCUUCAUGUUAGGGUGCAUUUCACCACCACCAGCAAACCUCGCCUCACUCACUCACCCCUUGUUGUUCUGACAGCCUCUGAAGGCUCGAGACUGUAUCACACUGUAGAAGGGUUCAAUCUAAGCAAAAGGCUGAGAAACCCAAGCUCUAAAAUAACCUGUAGCCUUUCAAAGUCUGUGUGUUUUCUUUGCUGUACUUUCUCUCAGCCUCCUUCUGUUUAUUUUUGUCACCCAGCAACAAAAAAGUGUCUCAGAACCAACGCAGGUGGACUUUAAUGGCCCUUAAUUUUUCAUCUUACAGCAGCAAAUCAUGUUUGUGUCUGUAGCUUUUCUCUUUUUUUAGAGUACCGUGUAAAAAAGCAAGUAAAUGGGCAUCUUAGUUAAGUAUUAUCUUAUUAGAAAUGUGUUGUCUUAAUGCCAUAUUUUCUCUAAAAGUGCCUUAAUUGAUUCAUAUUUUAGUGAGGCAAUGGAUCGCGCAUUUACUUUACACAGAAGUAUACAGCCG